AUGUCUCCUGCUGUGAAGAACAACACCGCUGAGCCCAAUCUGGACGUCAGCUUCCAGGACUACCUCGUGCUUUCCAAGCUCGUCUUUGACUGGGCUGAUAGCUAUGAUGCCAAAGACUGGGACCGUCUUCGUAGUAUCAUUGCCCCUACCUUGACGGUCGACUAUACCAAGAUCGGCCUGAAGAGGUGGGACAACAUGGCCGCCGAUGAAUACAUGGCCAUGGUGACACACCCCGGGUUCCUGGGCGACAAGACCAUCAAGACUCAGCAUCUGUUGGGCCAAACAUGGUGGGAGAAAAUCUCCGACACAGAGGUCAUCGGCCAUCACCAGCUUCGCGCUGCUCACCAAGUCUACGAGACUGUUGAUUUGGAAACUGUGAAACUGCGCGGGCACUCCCAUGCCACGAAUGAGCACUAUUACCGCAAGGUCAAUGGAGUCUGGAAAUUUGCUGGACUGAAGCCUAAUGUGCGCUGGAAUGAGCUGCAAUUCGAGGAGGUUUUCAAGGGUCUUGAUUAG